UAAAAUCAAAAUAGAAAUAAGAAAAGGAAAAGAAAUGCAUCUCCCUCUAUUGAUUACCAUCUCAGUCAUCGCCAUCUCCCUAGCGUACAAGCUUUACCAACGGCUAAGGUUCAAGCUUCCGCCAGGUCCACGAUCAUGGCCGGUGGUCGGGAACCUUUACGACAUAAAGCCUGUUAGGUUCCGGUGUUAUGCGGAGUGGGCGCAGGCCUAUGGUCCAAUUAUAUCCGUCUGGUUUGGUUCGACUUUGAACGUGAUUGUGUCGAAUUCGGAACUGGCCAGGGAGGUUCUGAAAGAGAAUGAUCAACAGUUGGCGGAUAGGCAUAGGAGCAGAUCAGCGGCAAAGUUUAGCAGAGAUGGACAGGACCUUAUAUGGGCUGAUUACGGACCUCAUUAUGUGAAGGUAAGGAAAGUUUGCACGCUGGAGCUUUUCUCUCCGAAGAGGCUCGAAGCUUUGAGACCAAUCCGAGAAGAUGAGGUAACUGCCAUGGUUGAAUCCAUCUUCAACGACUGCAACAAUCCUGAUGCAGAAAGCAAGGGUAAAAGUUUGCCUGUAAGGAAAUACCUAGGAACAGUAGCAUUCAACAACAUAACAAGGCUGGCGUUCGGGAAGCGUUUUGUCAACUCGGAGGGCAUAAUGGACGACCAAGGCCAAGAAUUCAAAGCCAUUGUGGCAAACGGACUUAAGCUGGGUGCGUCACUUGCCAUGGCAGAGCACAUUCCAUGGCUCCGUUGGAUGUUUCCUCUGGAAGAGGAGGCAUUCGCCAAGCAUGGGGCUCGGAGGGACCGUCUCACCAGAGCUAUCAUGGAGGAGCACACCCUCGCGCGCCACAAGAGCGGCGGUGCCAAGCAGCACUUUGUUGAUGCCUUGCUCACAUUGCAAGACAAGUAUGACCUUAGCGAGGACACCAUUAUUGGACUUCUUUGGGACAUGAUCACUGCAGGCAUGGACACAACAGUAAUCUCAGUGGAGUGGGCAAUGGCUGAGAUAGUCAGAAAUCCGAGAGUGCAGCAAAAGGCACAAGAGGAGCUAGAUCGUGUGAUAGGGUUCGAACGGGUGAUGUCUGAAACUGAUUUCUCAAGCCUGCCUUACCUGCAAAGCGUAGCCAAGGAGGCACUAAGAUUGCACCCUCCAACUCCCCUAAUGCUGCCCCACCGUGCCAAUGCCAAUGUUAAAAUUGGUGGCUACGACAUCCCCAAGGGAUCAAAUGUGCACGUUAACGUCUGGGCCGUCGCCCGUGAUCCGGCUGUGUGGAAGGACCCUGAAGAGUUCCGGCCCGAGAGAUUCCUGGAGGAGGACGUGGAUAUGAAGGGUCAUGAUUUCCGGCUACUUCCGUUUGGUGCAGGGAGGAGGAUAUGCCCCGGUACACAACUUGGGAUCAAUCUGGUCACGUCCAUGCUGGGUCACCUGUUGCACCAUUUUAGCUGGACGCCGGCUGAGGGAGUCAAGCCUGAGGAAAUCGACAUGCUUGAAAAUCCUGGAAUGGUUGCUUAUAUGAGGACUCCAUUGCAGGCUAUGGCCACUCCUAGGUUGCCUUCCCAUCUGUACAAACGUGUGGCUGUGGAUGUCUAAGUUUUCCCUCAAUUUCUUCUUGUCGUUCAUCCGUAGAUUUUGGAUUGAGUUCGGUUCUACUAUGUACUAAGUCAUCUGUUAUGCUCAUUGGUCAGAAGAAGAGGACCAAAUAAAACCACAAUAUAUAUAUAUGAUUUCCGGACGUAAAUUAUACUGUAUAACUCUUAUAUAAAGUUUUUGUUAGAUUCUUCCAAAUAAUUAAA